GCUGCCGGUCAGUCGCAUGUUGGGUUUUGUUACUUGAAAGCGCGCGUUCGAAGUGCACGGUCGAUGGUGUUUGGCGAUUACAUGUAUCAGAGAUAGAACGUAAAACUUCACUCCAAUAUUUACUAGCAAAAAUGGUAUCGUCGCACGUUUACGCAAUCACAUUUUUCACAUUUUUGGUAUGUGGAGCUGGAGGCACCCUGAUUUAUAAGCUACACCAAAGACGAACAAAAAAAAGCAGGGAUAAAAUUUUAACUAUUCGGGUGAACAGAAAAUUAGGAACCCGCUUGUUUGGAGAGGAUGGAAAAACCAAAAAGGAAAUUGAAAAGGCGAGAAAUGUUGAUAUAACAUUGGAAGAUGAUGGGUGUCGUGAUAUGCUUAUCAUAAUAUCUGCAACAUCACAAAAUGAUUUAGAUAUUUGUCAACGAAUUAUUGCAAAGAAGUUAAAAGAUGAUGAUGCAAGACCGAGUUCAUUACGACCUUUUAAGGAAAAGAUUUGGAUAAGUUUACAUGCCUACAGAAAGCUUACAAUGAAUCCACGUUUGGAAAUUACUUCUUUUGAGUAUGAAGAUAACGUAAAAAUAGAUGUGGAAUUUCCACGUGAUGGUAGAAAUAUGGCUGGAAUACAAAUUUCAGGAGACAAUGAACAAGAUGUAAUGAAUGCUAAAGACAAAAUUCAAACUAAGGUUAAGGAGAUUGAUGAAUUAGAGCGUUCUUUAGAUGAAACAUCUGCUAAGCGUACCCCCAGGUUACCUACAACGGUUAAUAGCGGAUCGAGUGAAGUUGCAGUACCUGAACGAGAAAAACUUGAACCAGCUGGAGCCGAUGGGACAAUGGAAGUUUAUGUAUCAGCUUUGACUUCGCCACAUAGGUUUUGGAUGCAAAUUUUGGGUCCUCAAGCUGCUGCACUCGAUAACUUAGUGGAAACAAUGACUGAAUAUUAUAAUAAAGAAGAAAACAGAGAGUUGCACACAAUCAUAAGUCCUCAAGUUGGUCAAAUUGUUGCAGCCAUGUUUAACGUUGAUGGCAAAUGGUACAGAGCUCAGGUACAAGAAAUAAAACCCAAUGAUUAUGUUCCAUGUCAACCAGUGUUGGAUUUGUAUUUUGUAGACUAUGGUGAUAAUUGUUAUGCUGCGCCUAAUGAAGUUUUUGAACUACGGCCAGAUUUUUUGACUCUUAGAUUUCAAGCUAUAGAGUGCUUUUUGGCGAAUGUUAGUCCUCCCAAUGCAGUUGAUAGUAAUGAUAACAAUUAUCCAGAUGAAUCCAUUGAGAAGUUUGAGCAACUAGCACAUGUUGCGCGUUGGAAAAAAUUAUGGUCGCGUGUUGUUAGCUACAGAGAACGUGAUGGGGCAGUUCGAGCACCAUCUCCAAGUGAAAGCCUGGUUAUGAAGGGAUCUAACAUUGAUAGAUCAGUUCGUGAAGGCUCUCCUGUACCUGGUGUAGAAUUAUAUGAUAAUGAGGAUGGUCGCGAUAUAAAUAUUGCUGAAGAAUUAAUUCGCGGAGGAUAUGCAAGAGCAAUUCUUCCAUUUAAUGGAAGUUCAUUCAAUAAAUUGAAAACUAAUCAAGCAGGAGGCGAUGAUUUUUCGAAGCCAUCAGCCAAAACGACUAGAUUUGAAGAUAGUUCUAAAACUGAUAAAAAUAGUGUAUCUUCUGAUUUUGUAAAUCAGGAAAAAUCAGCAACGAAGAAACAACCGGCAACGACACCAAAUGUUGGCCGUAAAGACAUCGUGGAAGAAACUAAAUCCUUUAUUAGCGGAAUCUCUGAUGAGGCAGUUAAGGUAGUAGAACGCGUCAAACAGUCUACCGACAAAGGCGCUGAUGACUCUGUUCAAUCUGUCAAGGAUCGCGUUGCUAAAGUUCAAAGCAAGCUGGAGGAAACGAAAUCUUUCAUUGAUGGCAUUUCCAAAGACGCUGAAAAAAUAGCAGUAGACAGUAAAAACGCCGCUAAAUCAACUUCAGAUGAUAUUAAGCCAAAAGUAAAAAGCGCCAAGGAACGCGUAGCUAAUAAAGUUAACAAUGGCAAAAUUUCAGAAAAAAGUCCUCCAAAAACGAGUAAAAAUGAUGAAAAGUCAAGUAGUCCUAAGUCACCUUUAAAAUCAGAAGUUGAUUUUAUGCCCACAUUUAAUAAAACUGAAAAGGGUAAGAAGAUGCCACAGUCUCCUUCCGAAAUAAAAAAUCAAGCAACCGAUUUUUUGAAAACCGAACGCAAUUCUAAAAACGGAAUUUAA